AUGGUCAACCAGAAGGGAUAUGCUCAGAAUGAAUGUUUUAGUUUUGCAUUUAACAAUGGAAGUCUAAGCAUUGAAGCCUGUCGCCCUGGAGGUGGUACAGGAAACACAUUUCCUUAUCCCUACACAGCCUCUGGAGAAGCAUGCAUGGCGCUUCAAGCAAAAGCCAAGCUUGCAAAUGGAACAAAACAGGAUUGGCUUUCAACAUUUGUUUUGAUUUGUGUCUGGACAUACAUACCCAUACUGGAUAGUGAAACCCAUCUGGGACAAGGUAGCAAAUCCCCAGUUUGUAAGGCAAAGGCUGCAUCUUACAUCCGCCGCCAAACCAUGCUUGUUUUGUCUUGUUCUGUAUGGAGCAUUAAAUGA